AUGCGUGAGUUGGUCUCCAGGCCAUUGGAAAAUUCCCUACUUUCAGCGUUUUUUUUUUGUUGUGAGUAGAGCUUGUGGAAGAAAUUUUAUUGUUUUUCGGACCGAAAUUUGGCCAAAGUUCGGGUGUUUUGGGGUCGGCUUGGUGCGCUUCCUUACAAACACUGCUAUUUUCGCCGAAAAUUGGAUGAAAUUUAUAUUGUAGUGAGCAAAAAUCGAGAUUUAACAGGGGAAACAAAGAAGUUUUGUACUUUGCCAAGUACACAGACCUUUAAUAAUGACGAAUACCAGACCUAACGCCUGUUUUCUUAUCCACUUUUAGAUUUUUUCAAACAAUUUUACGUCAUGAUCGACUGCCCUAUAGAAUCUCAAUUUUUCAGUCAAGACGGCAACGCAUGGCCAAACGAAAAGUGUUAUGCGACGUAGUGCCGAUGAAGACGAAGCGAGUGCGAGCAGCGAGCAGCCGCUCGAUGCAGCCGAGGCCUUUGCCAACGAGCAGGAGGCAGCGUUGAUUCGGUUCGCUCACUUUGAUAACCUCGGCGACGCCUGCGAUAAGGAGGUGGGCGGGAAGGGCGUAAGUGUUUCACAUGUUUCUGUUCGAUCUUUAGAUGGAAAUACGUCGAAGAUUAUGUGGGUAGAUGGUCGAAAAGACCGUCAUUUCUUUUUGUUUCGCCGUCUUCUUCCCCGAUUUUUAGUCCACCCAUAAAAAGCCAAUGCACUUGGCAGAAAAACAGCCAAAAAAACGGCGUGCAGCCGAUCAACAGCCACGAUGUUUUCUUUGGAAUGUUUGGCUUGCACUUUUGUUUUGAUAACAUCAAUAAAGUUGUAAGAGACAGGCAUCGUAUCAAAAAUCAUGACUUUUUACAAAUGUGCUAUCUGUAGGCGCCAUGCGAAAUGGGAAAAUGGCUCUAGCCGGCUUCAAAAAGUGGCAUCGCGUUAGUUUCAUCGUUGCAGGCAAACAUAAGGUAGCCAGGAAGUUUUAUGAACCCCUAUCUUCAUUAUUUUAUAUUACACUUGACAUAAAAGGGCCCACAAAGUAACUAAAUACUUUAAGACUAGUCCCAAACUUAUGACUAUCUUUACAGGACACAUGCGAGCAUGUGGACGACCGCUUCUUCGACUCCAGCGACUAUCGCUGCUGUUUCCGCGUCUUUCACGCCAAGAUUGGCGCUUUCGCGUUCUGCACCUGGAUCAUUCAAGAAGUUUUGUUGGCCUCGUUCUUUCUACUUGCUCAAAAGGAAUUCAAGGAAGGGGAUCCGUCCACGAAUUCGAUAAUGCUCCUCGUUUGUCGUGGCAUUCAAAUUCCGACGAUUGCCAUUGCAUUCCUGGCGCUUUAUCGGUACAAACAAAAGUGGUUGUUGCCCUUCAUUGUUGUUCAGGUAGGAAGUCGGGCUUAGAAUGAUGAAUUUUUUUUUAUUCCCUCUGGAUAUUGCACAUGAUGACUAAAAAAAAAUUGUCGAAUUUUCAGUUCACUGCCGGUAUUUUUGCGGACAUCUCGACGUUGUUGAUCUUCGUUAGCUACUUGGAGCAGAAUGGAUACAGAUUUUUGUUUGAUGAGCAUUGGAAAUGGUUGAAUAUCGUGCUCCCUUUGUUCGCCUACGUCGCAAUAAUUGUGUGGCUGGCAUGGGUGAUGUAUCGGUAAGUCAUCACUUCUUUUAUUCAAUCCCACUCUUAGAUGCUAUCAGUUCAUCGGCGCUCGUGUUGAACAUGACGAACGACGGAAGCUGGAAAAAGAGCGCCAACAACAAAUGGAAGAGGAGCUCAUGCAACAUUGCGGUAUUAAUGUUGAUGAAAUUGGAGAACUGGACAGUAAUGGCGAGAAUGUGAAUGCAAUCUUCGAACACCGUUCGGCCUCGCCGUCGCCUCCUCCCUCGCUGAAGCAUGGGAUUCCGUUGCAGCGCAUGGUUCGAAGUCCAAGCAAUCAAAUCGAAGGCAGUAUUGUGGGAGCGGCUUCAAUGAAUGUCACCCCACAUUUCCAUGUGUUUCAGCGGCCCGAACGAACGGUGAAACAAUGGCAUCACACGGGGAGUCUGCAGCAGCUGCAACAGUUGGGCAGAAAGCCUUCGAGUGCGCGGAGACUCCUGAGUUUGACCGGAAACGCCCCUCCACUUCGGCGGCUGGCUCAUGAGCAAAGCGAGCCCACGCUAAUGUUGCUUCAGCAGCGUCCCAAAUUUUAG